AUGAUAAUAGAAUUUCCACAAGCAGAAAAAUGUUGUUGCUUUUUGGAGCUGAGAAUCGGAGUUAUAGUCAUCAUUGUAUUGCGAUUGGUAGCUUUGGUACUUAUUAUUCUCCUAGGAGUGGAUUUGAUUACUUUGGGCAAUUCAGAUAAAAAACGUGAAUAUCAUUCGAUUCCUGAGGAGUGCUACAACCUGUACAACCAAAGACCUGUUGAGCUAGUUCUACUCGUGGUGACAGUUGUGUUGUUUAUACUCUGGCUGAUUGUAAUGAUAGUUGCUGUCAUUUGGGAAUCCCUCGGUGUGAUUCUCGUUGGAGCAAUUUUGGAAAUUUUCAUCUUCAUUUGGUUCUUUUUUAUGUUUUCCUACCACGUGUCCAUGGCUAUUGUCAGGGAAGAACCUUCGUGGAAGUUACUUUGGGCAACCAUUUUAAUGGUUGCAGAGUUUUACAUAUUGUGGAUCAUGUGGAGUUACUACGUUGACGUCAAGGCGUCCUACUACGGCUACAGAGACUCAGUGAAUUCGUCCUCUAUUGAUGAAAAUAAUCAAUAG